ACCCCGUGUCAAAUUCUAAUACUGUCAUUUUUCAACAUAUUUCUCAUAUAACAACAAUUCAUAAAAGGUAAUAUCAUUUGGUCAAAUGAUGUAUCAAUGUUGAUGGAUAGUGCUAGAUUAUCUGAAAGGAUCAGAUGUGAUUUUUGAGGGCACAGUCAAGUGAUGGUAAAAAAUAAUGUUAAUUGCAGGCAGUAUCAACCAAAUCAACCUUACUAUUGUUUUUCCUAGAUUAGAAAGAAUUUUUUUUAAGACAAGAGCCCAGCUUAAUUUAAAUAACUGAUUAAUUUUUUUAAAAAACCGCCUAUUUAAUUAAAAUGACCUGUAUCUGAUUGUAAAUUUUUUAAUGACUGACAAUUUUACUUAAUUAAAUCUUUUUUGUUUCUAAUUUUGUAAAGAGAUAUAGCUUUAAUUUUUCUCAAAGAAGCAAACUGUAUAACUCCUUCACCUAACAAAACAAAAUGUUGUUGAAGGAUUUCAAGAAAGAAAUGUGAAAAUGAAUUUAUUUUAAAAGAAAACAAAUGAAAGAGUUAAGGAUUAUAUACAAUAAGAAAAUAAUCUCCCUCUGCAAUUAUCAACCUUCUCUGUGAAAAAAAAGGGGAGGGGGAGGAGAAGACAGGAGGAAGUGGUAGGGCUUCUAGCUGCCUCACUUAGGGUAUUACUUCCCUUAUUAUCAGUUUCAACUCAGUUUUUUUUUCAUUAGCAUAACUAGCAGAUAUAAAUUAAUAUAGUAAAGGAUCCCAAAGACUUUUUUUUAAAGCAGCCUUUGGGGAAGUCAAACAAAAAAUAUUUGUUUUCUCAUAUAAAGGAAGAAGAAAGGAUCACUACUGGAGAAGAAAAGUAAAAAGCGGUGAGUGUUAUUUGGAAAACAGAGCUAAGAAAGAAAACAAACCUUGAUAGUUGGUCAAUCAAUAAAUGCUUAUUAAAAAUUGUCUCCAGACUCUGUGCUAAGCACUGGGGACACAAAGAAAAGCCUAAGACAGACUUUUCUCUAAUGGAACUCACAGUUUAAUGGGGGAGAUGGAAAUAACUAUACUUGUAAGCAUCAAAUUGGAGAUUUUCCUCCAGUUUUUUUGACUUUCCUCAACAAAGGGAAAGUCACUAAUUAAAGAGGAUCAGAAAAAUUGGUGUUGAAUUUAAAUUGUUAGAAAAAUUUCUAAUGAAAAUAUGAUUCGUAAGAUUUACUUUCACUUUUCAGAUCUCUAAAUGUAUUUAAUUUUCCUGAAGGCACUAAGACACAUGCUAAAUAGUACUUUUUUUUUCUUUAGCAAAGGAAACAUUCAUUUUUCUCCCAUUUCUUAUCCAGAAAGUCUCUUAAGUACUACUUAUCUUUUUUUUUUUUUUUUUUUUUGUGGUCUGUUACAUAUAUGCUGUACAGUAGAGUCUCCAAAAAGAAGGAAAAAAUACAUCCAGGAUGAUGACAUGGGCAAAAAAAACAACCAUCUUUAUUUCAUAGUUUUUGCUGAGAGGCAAAAUAAUGAAAAAUAGUCUUAUAAAAGCUUGACGUUAGACUUAGCAUAUGAGAUAAGCUAUUAAGCAAAAAGCCUAAAAUUUUAAAAAUGAAACUGUAUUUCCUGACCCAGAUUGUUUUAUGAACAACAUAUUUUAGAGCAGAGAAAAAAAAAAGGCAACAGAAAAACUUCUUAUCUUUUACAGAUUUGGGCAUACUGAAAAAGGAUUACCUACAUAUAACUUUAGUGCUUGGAAGGUAUCAUGUUCAACAAGAAGUAAUAUGGCUAUCCAAAAUAAUCAAAAUCAUUCUGUUUCUAUUAACUUACAACCAGAAGAAUACAAGAUUGCAGCACUAGUAUUCUACAGCUGUAUCUUCAUAAUUGGAUUAUUUGUUAAUGUGACUGCUCUCUGGGUCUUCAGUUGUAGCACCAAGAAGAGAACAACUGUAACUAUCUAUAUGAUGAAUGUAGCUUUACUGGACAUAGUCUUCAUAUUGUGCUUACCUUUCCGUAUGAUUUAUUAUGGAAAAGGUAAAUGGCAAUUUGGAGAGACUUUCUGUCACAUUCUUGGAGCUCUCACAAUGUUUUAUCCAAGUAUUGCCCUCUGGCUUCUUGCCUUUAUUAGUGCUGAUAGAUACAUGGCUAUUUUGCAGCCCAAACAUACCAAAGAACUUAAGAAUACAAGCAAAGCAGUGCUAGCCUGCGUUGGAAUUUGGAUAAUGACUCUUGCAAUUACCACCCCUCUAUUAUUUUUAAAUGAAGAUCCAGAUAAAGACACAAACCCUGCCAGCUGCCUGAAAAUUCUGGACAUAAUUCACCUAAAAGCAAUGAAUAUGCUGAACUUCACUCGUUUGAUUUUUUUCUUCUUGAUUCCUCUUUUCAUCAUGAUUGGAUGUUAUUCGUUCAUUAUUAAUAGUCUCCUUCGUGGCCGGACUUCUAAACUAAAGCCAAAGGUCAAGGAAAAGUCCAUAAGAAUAAUUAUCACUCUCAUUGUACAAGUGCUUGUGUGCUUUGUUCCCUUUCAUAUUUGUUUUACUCUUUUAAUGUUACAACGAGGGGAAAACAGCUAUAAUCCAUGGAGCACCUUUACCACUUUCCUUAUGAAUCUCAGCACAUGUCUGGACGUUAUACUCUAUUACAUUGUCUCAAAACAAUUUCAAGCUCGAGUCAUCAGUGUCAUGCUAUAUCGAAAUUAUCUUCGAAGUGUGCGCAGGAAGAGUUUUCGAUCAGGCAGCAUAAGGUCACUAAGCAAUAUUAACAGUGAAAUGAUAUAAUUAGUAGUUUUUUUUUUUAAAUCAGGUAUUAAAGAAUUUCAUUUUAAAACUGUCAAAUGAGUAUGUUAUAACCCCCUCCUUUUGCAACAUAUUUUAGGAAUGUUUUGUAUUUCAUUAUAGGGUAAAUAAAAAAUAGCUUAGCUAUUUUAGUAACUAUUAUAUUCAUUUUUCCCUAUUUAAAACCUUUUAAAUGAAUUUAUGCAAAAAACUCCUAAUCUUAAUUUACUCUUUAUAUUCAGACAGUUAGUAAUCAAUGGAAUCUCAGAUUUAGAAGAUGUCAUGUGCUCCAGGCUAUAUCUGAAGAUAAGCCCCUCUAUAAAACAUUUUUUGACAAUUGCUCUAUCAGCAGAGUUUCUGAAGUUCUGCAAUUAGGGAAAACCAACUACUUUCCAAAAUAGCCCAUUGCACUUUUGGGCAAUUCAAUAAUAGGAAUUUUUACCUUGUAUCAAGACCAAACUUAACUAUUUACGAAUAUGGUUCUAGUUCUAUCCUCUGGGGUCAAGUACAACUAAUUCAUUUAUUAUACUGAGUCUAAUGGGUGAUUCUGUCAAGCAGAUUGUCAAACAAUCAUUUUAAUGGCUGGGAAGAGGGAAAAUGUCUGAUUGAGAUGAUCAAUUACUAACUUUUCAUCUAGUUAAACUGUUGUAUGUAGAAUUUUUCCACUAUUUAGUUCCACAAUCUGGAACUAAAGAUUUCAAUGCAAUAUCUAUAACAAUUUACAUUACAAAUAUCCAUUGGAAAGAAUUCUGAUAUAACCUCUAGUGUAAAGAGGCAGGAGACUUGAGUUAAGGAAUUUGUUUUCUCUGUGGCCCAAUUUCUCAUCUAUGAAAUAGGAUUUAAUCUAAGGUCUCUUCCAGUUCUAAAGCUACAAUCCUACUUUUCUAGGUCCUCAAUAUCCCACUUGCCAACUGUGUAACUUUGAGCCAAUAUCCUUUAUUUCCUUUGAUCCUCUUUCCUCAUCAGAAAUAUUGUUUUCCAGUUGUAUCUAAUUCCUCGUGACCCCAAUUGGGGUUUUCUUGACAAAGAUACUAGAGUGUUUGUCACUUCCUUCUCUAGCUCAUUUUACAGAUGAGGAAACUGAGGCAAAUAGGAUUCAGUAAUUUGCUCAAGGUCAUAAAAAAGUUAAAAGACUCAGGAAAAGUAAUCUUUCUGAUUCCAGACCUGGUAGUCUAUCUACUGCACCAUCUAACUGCCCCCCAUCACUAAUAUAAGAUAAUCAUUCAUAUAUAUAUUUCACAGGGUUGUUGUGAGAAAAGCAACUUCAUACAUUAUAAAUGACUAUAGGAUUUUAGGAAGCCAUUAUUAUUUAAUGCCCCUAUUUCUAUAAAGUUACUUAUAAUGGAGAAUACAUUUCAAAGAAGAGCAGAAUUAUAAAGCCAUGAUUAUUUGAAUCUAUUUUUACAUAAUCUAAUAGGAAAAAUGAGGGCAAAAGAGCCUCCACUGUUCUGAUCCAUAUUCAUAAUGUCAUAAUUUCAUUUUCUAUCAUCAGAAAAUGCUACUAUCAUAGGAGGGAAUUCCUUUUGCUAAGUUCAAUACAAUGUAAACUUCUUGAGGAAAAAAAUUUUUUGUACCUCAAUAUGUAACACAAUCCCUGGGCUUAGAAAAGGAUUGACAGAUAUUACAGAAUUGAAUUUCAACAGGUGAAGCUGACUUAUAAGACACCAAAUCAAAAGCUUAAUUCAUUUUUAAAUGCUAUGGAGUGAUAAUACAAUUUCUCCACUAAAUCAAUUUUCUUGUCUAAAACAUAUUCUUUCCCUAGAAGACAACCAACUUCAAAGAAACAAAAAUAAACUAUACUGUUUGCUCUAAUUUGAUAAUACAUCAGUUUGCAUUCAAUGUAAACAAAUAAGAGACAUUAAAAAUGUUUGGUCCAUCAAUAUAAACUCUUCAAGAACUUAAAAAAUUGUUUUUCUAAAAAAUGCUUAAAUCAUUCUAUUAUCCAACCAACAUGUCUAAACAAAGAAUUAAUCAAGGUUAUUUUGAAAUGCAAAAAAAAAUUUCUUUAUUAAAACAAAAAAUUUAAAAUAUACUGAAACCAGAGUUUUAAAUUUGAAUAUUUAACUGAGUAUAAAUUUAUUAAUAAUAUCUUAGAAAAUAUUUGAGUUAUUAAAACAUAAUUUUCAUUUCUUACAUAUUUUCAUUAAAGGCAUAUCAGCAAGCACAACUCUCAGUUAUUAACUUUUAUCUAUAUCCAGGAACCUGCCAUCAAAGAAUAAGUUUAAUUGCUAGUAUUUUUAGUAAAAUACCACCCCCAUCCAAGAGCCACAAAGUUAUUUAUAGAGGUGAUGCUCAAGCACAUUAUAUGUAUUACAAUUUAGAACAGUAAUCAUAUGUCAUCAUAGUACCCGAGUUCAAAUCCUGACUCCACUACAAUCUAGAUCAACUUGAGAAAGUUAUUUAAUCUGUUUGGGUAUCAUUUUUAUUAUCUGUAAGAUGGAAAAGCUAAACUGCACUGUACUACAGUAUCUUCUAGCUCUAGAACUAUGAUUUAAUAACAAGUUUUUACAGUAAUCCUCCUGAAAUACAUUAAAUUGCCAAAAUUUUGUUUGGAACAGUUUGGAAUACCUAUAAAUAUGUAAAUAUUCUAGAGAAACAAAUUCAAAUUAAAACAAGCAAAUCUUUUCA